AUGGAUUUAACACUACUAUCUAGUGACAGUGACAGUGAUUUGGAAAUGCUAGCUCAGUUAUCUGACUCAAGUGAUGAAGAUGAAACCCUAUGCCGCCCUCCAAAGAGAAUCAGAAGAGUGAACUAUACGCAAAGUCACGAUGACGGUGAUUUUACCUUUAGGUUUCGAUUGAACAAACAUGCGUUCAAUUCUUUAUUGUUAGAAAUAACCCCAUUAUUUCGAGUAACAUCCACGAGAAAUUACGGAGUAUCACCAUUGCAUCAACUUUUGUUGACCCUACGGUUUUAUGCACUAGGCACAAUGUUGAUAUCCGAGUGCAGACAAAUUCUAUGGAAUUGCUGGAUUUCCUCGCGCUUGGGGCAAUUGAUGGCACACAUAUCCGCAUACAGUCUCCAUAGCAUUUGGAGUAUGGAAACGUAG